GCCCGUAUCCAUGCAUGUCAUUUCCUGGCUCUCCAGCUACUGAACAAAAGAAGGGCAUGGAUAAAAGGAAAUGACCUCUUACUGGCUGAUGUCAUUGAAACACUCCAGGGAUCUGGCACAUCUAUAAAUACUAAAGGGACACUAUUUGGGGACUGUCAGGCACACUCUCAAGCCAGAAGACUUUCAACAGUCGCAGAGAAAGGGUUCAUAGUGAGCAAUGGGAGAGGAAUCUUUUCUUCUUCAGUUAUCCGCUCAAGAUUACGAGUCCAUUCAAUUCCUCAUGGAGAAAAGGCAACACUUGCUAAAACAUGCCUUAAAACUUCGCUUGGUAGUCAAACGAAUGGAAAAGCUACGGAAGGUCACCACAGCAGCAAAUGUGACAGGAAAUUGUCUUGGUGUGACAGGUGCUCUUACUGCCAUUUUGGGUUUGUCACUUAGCCCAGUCACAAUGGGUACUUCACUUCUGGCUUCCACUGUGGGGCUAGUCGUGGCUGCAUCUGGUGGAGUAGCUACCUUGACAUCUGAUCUCUCUUUGGCAUUUUAUAACUUCAAGGAGCUUCGGAGGGUGCAGAAGAUAGCUAGCGAUUUCCGUCACCAACUGAAGGAGAUACUCAGUUUCCUGCAGCUCAUGCGACAAAAGAAAAGUCUUAGUGGGCAAGACUUCUAUGAAAUAUUGGGUUGUUCUGUCUCUUUGGACCGUCCUGUCUGCUUUAUGGUGUUGUUUGGGGAUCACGAUUUCCUUGUACCUCAGUAUUCUGAAGAGGCAACAAAGGUCAGCCAAGUUGUAUUAAAGGCAAAAGUCCAGAGAUUGGUUGAGACAAUAGAGGCCUGUGUGGAUGUGUUGGAUGAGAUUUGCCAGCACAUAAGAAAGACAUCCAUGGAAUAAGAAAAUAUUUAUUGACUGUUCUUUAGUUAACUCAUUUGGUUGAGAACUGAACCAAGAUCCAAUGGCAGGUGUCACUUCCUUGUUGUAGGAGGUUUGGUUUUCUCGAGGGAAGACCGCAUCUCCUCUUGCAUAGAGUAAAUAAGCAGCUGCAGCAGGGCCCUCCAUCACUGCCUCCAGGUAUAGUAGAUCCGCAUACACAUAGAGAUCCGCUCAUUUGGCGAUGUCGCCAAACGAGCAGAUCUCUCCCCUAUAUGCCCACUUUGAGGCGGGCGAUAUUUGGCUGAACCGAUCAUAACAAAGGGUAAACAGGCGGGAAUAGAUGCAGUCCGCGAUCCGACGGGAUUUUUACUCCUGUCUGAUCCACAUCUGGCGGACUUCUGGUCAGAUAUCAAUCGGGGAAGCCCGUCGGAGGGGAGACUCGGUUUGUCGGCAGGUUUUAGCGGCCCGUGAAUGGCCAAGAGUUGUACCUUAACAGCUGCUGGCAUUGCUUUAUAUCAUUUGCUGAUUUUGUAGCUCAUACAUACAAUAAGGCUAGAUAAAGAAGGAAGUUCACUGGUAGUGUUGAAAAUCAGUUUGACAAAAGGCAGGUAGUUAUUAUACAGCUAAACUAAUUGAAGUAAUGCAUUUUAUAUACUUUACACAAUUACACAAAUUGUGAUGCUACCACUAUAAAAUCUGUUAGCUAAAUUGUCAUGUAAAGUUUGGGCCAAUUCUAACUUGAUUGCAUUAUAACUCUAAUAUAAGUAGAAGAUAACUCAUUAUUGUCUUACUACCAUCUGGCUCUGCAAUAUUUCUUGACGUCCCAAGAGGAAAUAAAGCAAUUACAGGGCAUAGUCCAGUGGGCAAAAUAUAUAACACAUUUGGGCAGAUUCAAUUUGAAAAGUAAAUUUUGCUUUAUGGUUUAUCUCAUGCAUAUUCCAUUGUAGUCUGUGGGGAAAUCUGAAACUCUUAUCUAGAAAUAUUUUUUUCUUGACUAAUUAAAAUACAAUCCAUUUGAAAUGUUAAAUCUUAAUGCAUUCACUUUACUGGAAAUUCUCAAGCUGGCCUUUAAAAUCUUGAUAUAGUUGAAUAAUGGUGCAAAGGCCCUUGCUUAAAGGGCACCUAUUGUCAAAAAAAAGUGCCUCCCCCCAGCGGAAGUGCAGGCUAAUAGAGAAACAAUGCUUGUUUUUUUUUUUGUUUUUUUUUAAAUGCCCUUUUCUAAUCCACCACUCUGGAAGGCAUCUUCUGCUGGGAGCAGCCAUGUUGGAACAAUAAAUACAGUGUCACAGCUUUCACUUGUUAUGCUCAUGAGCACGACAUCAUAUAAA